AUGGGCUUGUUCAACCUCGGCAAUCUUGCCUUCGCGGCCCGCCAUGAGCGAACGCCAGAGGAAGCGAAACUGGUGAGACGGUUGGACAUCUUUCUGAUGACGUUUGGUGAUCAAGUGUUAGUCUUGUUCAACUCAAUUUGGAAGACCAACAUCAGCAAUGCCUACGUAUCGGGAAUGAAGGAGGAUCUCAACCUCAUGGGAAACGAGUACAAUUACUUCACGACAUAUUUCAAUGUCGCGUACUGCAUCAUGCUCAUCCCCUCACAAAUCAUCCUGACCUACGUGCGCCCUAGCUACUGGCUCUCCGGCCUCGAGGUUUGUUGGGGCGUCAUCACCGGCAUGUUUGCCCUCGUCAAGAAUGCGCAACAAGUUUACGUUCUCCGAGUACUUCUCGGGCUCUGCGAGAGCAGUGCAUGGCCGGGAAUGAUGACUCUGUUGAUGCAUUGGUACACGCCCUCAGAGCUGGCGAAGCGGAUGGGCUUUUACCACUCUUGCCAAGCUGUCGGAUCCAUGAUGUCGGGAGCGCUGCAGGUCGCGAUCAGAAGUUCCAUGCAUGGACUCCACGGUCUGCCCGGCUGGCGCUGGCUAUUCGUUGUGAACGCCAUCAUGACCGUCGUCGUUGGUGCCAUGGGUUUCUUCCUACUUCCCGACACCCCCAACAACCCGAACCCCCGCGCGUUCUGGUUCAAGAAGGGACACGCCCAGCUUGCCAUGGAGCGGUUGGAGCGUCACGGAAAGGCUGAACCUAAGAAGAUGACGUGGGCCGCGGCAAGGCGUGCAUUCAAGAGCUGGGUCAUUUACUUUCUCCCCGUGCUCUACAUCGCGACAGUCCUUGAAACCUACGGCAACAACUACUUUAACUUGUUCCUGAAGAGCUUGAAGAACCCGGACGGCAGCGCCAGGUGGACCACUUCUGAAGUCAACGCUAUUCCCAUCGGCGCCAGCGCAAUCAAUGUGGUUUUCGUCUGGGUCUGGGCUAUCCUGUCGGAUCUCUUCAUGACACGCUGGACUCUCAUUGUUGUACAAGCUGUAAUCGGUCUUGCCUGCUGCAUCGCCAUGAGCGUAUGGACUUCUCAUCCUACCACAACGCCUCUCGGAGUCGCCUACGCGAGCAACUUCAUUACGUUCACUGCAAUGGGAACUGCUCCCCUGAUCUUCGCGUGGCUAGCCGACCUACUUCCCCAGGACCCCGAAGCCAGAACUCUCAUUGUCGGUGUGUCCAUUGCCGGCUACUACGCCAUCUCCGCUUGGUCACAGGUUCUUGUUUGGCCUGCAACCCAAGCACCGUACUACAAAUAUGCCUGGCAGUCCGCCAUUGCCAUUGGAGUCCUCGUCAUCGUUAUGACUUGUGUGCUCCAUUACAUCGAUAUUAAGUACCUGAGACCUAAGAGAGAAGCCUACAGAAACUCCGUGAUUGAGGCGAUGGAGGCCGAAGGUGUUCACCGUGUAGACUCCGCUGAUGACCUUGGGGUCAAGAAGGUCAAGUCGGCGGCAAUUGUGCCAGAGGUGUGA